UUCCAAAACAAAAUGGAAAACUACCUGGUAUGGGCCGCUAAUGACAUUCACCAACUCUUAAACGCACAUGAGAAAUACUUUCGAAACAGCUCUUGGAAAUAUUGGAUUUGCGACCAAGAUUUGUCUAUCGAGGUACCGUACAUUCUUUAAAGAUUCCAAAGAGAUCGCUGAAAUCAAUGGUCGUGUUGCAAUUGCAGACUUCACAACUCGAAGAAGUACAGAAAAUGGUCGACAUGGCACAAAACGCAAACCAACUCGAAAAGAAAACCAACCACACCAUGGAACGAAUUUCCCCACCCAAAAUAUACAGAAAAGCCAUCGAUCUGUUGGAAGGGGAAGACGCUUGCCGACGAUACGCUACAAUGAUGCUCUAUGGAGCAGAAAAGCCAUCAUAUUCCUGUGUUUGAUAGACGCGUCAGGCGAGGUCGUAGGCGACGAGAUUUCUUUUGUGGGUAGAUUUCUCAACAAAACGGUCGAAUAUGUUGGAGGUGUAGAGGCAUUGAGUGCUGCGAUUGUUCCCAUUCGUUGGUACCUCGGAGACGCACAAACCAACCAGAGCAAAAAGAAGGAUCAGCUGGCUGCUAUCGUUCUCCUCCAAGAUACAAAAACCGAAGGGGUACGCAAGUUCUCCCAAACCUAAACACGCAGAAAUUCUGCAAAUUGUAGACACUACCUCUAAACAGCGAGUUCUGUGUGGACCCCAU